AUGAUGAAAGGUGUUACUAAUUUCCUCGUAACGGUUGCCUUGUUGUAUUUGGGAUGCUCCCUAAUUGCCUCUGCCUAUGACCCUGCUCCUCUGCAAGACUUUUGUGUUGCAACUGAAAAUUCCCCUUCUGCUGUAUUUACGAAUGGAAAGUUUUGCAAGGACCCAAAGCUUGUUACAGCCAACGAUUUCUUUCUCUCGGGGCUAAACAUUCCUAGAAACACGUCAGAUGCACUUGGAUCGAAUGUCACUCUAGUCAACGCGGACAAAAUACCAGGCCUCAACACAUUAGGUGUAUCCUUGGCUCGCAUCGACUUUGCACCAUAUGGCCUAAAUCCUCCCCACAUUCACCCUCAUGCAACUGAGCUUUUUGUUGUCUUAAAGGGUACCCUGUAUGUUGGCUUUGUCACAUCCAAUCCGGAUAACCGCCUCUUCACCAAGGUUUUAAAUGCGGGAGACGUCUUCGUGUUCCCAAUUGGUCUCAUUCACUUUCAGUUCAAUGCAGGAAGUACCAAUGCUCUUGCCUUUUCCAGUCUCGGCAGCCAAAAUCCAGGGCGCAUUACCAUAGCGAACACAAUAUUUGGAUCUAAUCCUCUUAUCAAUCCUGAUGUUCUUGCUAAAGCCUUCCAAUUGGACAAGAAUGUGGUUAACUAUCUUCAGAAACAGUUUUCGUCAGAAAACAUUUAG